ACACGGAUGUGACGUACGGUGCCGACGUCACAUCCGCAAGAGCGAAAUGCGACUUCCUUGUUUCCGUUUGCAGUAACCAUGACGGCCAGGAAAGACAAGCUGGUGUUUCAGAAGCAGAUGAAGCAGUACCAUGAGCACUGCUGCGUCCCUCAGUGCACAGCCUCGUCCAAAUAUAACGGCCUGUUAAGUUUUCACGGAUUUCCCAGCGAUCCGGACUUAAGGAGGCAGUGGCUCGCUAAUAUCCGCCGGGACAAGUUGAAGCUAACGCAACACACCAAAGUGUGCAGCCUUCACUUCACUCCGGAUCAGCUUCUGCAGCCUAAAGCUGCCGGCGGCAGACGGGUGGUGAGUAGAGGAGCCGUCCCGGUGCUGUUUUCCUGGAGCCACUGCAGCGUCCAGCCGUCCAGAACCGGUCUGAGGAGCCCUGACCGGGACAGCCCAGCAGCUGACCCGCCGCUGGGAUUCAACCCCCCGGAUCAUGAUUACUGCUCAGUCCCAGAACCAGCCCACCUGGACGGGGCUGUAAAUGGAAACCAGGAAUUAAAAGAAGAAAUAAACUCCUUCAAGAAACAAGUCAAAGAACUGGAAAUCCCAUCCAGCUUUGGAUUACAAAGGUUCGCAGGAUCCGACGACAACAUCCGGUUCUACACCAGAUUUGAAAGUUAUCGUCUCUUCCUGAUGUUUUGGAGGCUCAUUGAACCGUCUGUCCAUAAAAUGAUUGGUUCAUCAGGAGCCAGAGCCGCUGAAGGAGGAGCUGCUGUCAGAUCAACACACACGAGGGAUUCCUUGCAGCCCAUCGACGAGCUGCUCCUCUUCCAGAUGUACCUGGCUGCAGGGCUGAAGGAAGGAGACCUAGCAAACCGGUUCCAGAUUCACCCUUCCACCGCAAGCCAGAUUAUUUGUUCGUGGGCCGAUUAUUUGUACUCUCUUCUGGGUUCUUUGUGUAUCUGGAUCGAUGCAGACGCCGUCCGAGCUCGGCUCCCCGAGGACUUCAGACAUUUUCCAGAUACUCCGGUGAUCGUUGGAAGCUCUGAGCUCAGAUGCCAAACUGCUGCUUCUGCUCUCCUCCAGACUGAGACGUCCUCCAAGUCCAAGGCUCACUGCGUAAUGAGAGGUCUGACGGGAAUGGCUCCCCACGGUGCGGUGACCUUUGUGUCUUCUCUCUAUGAGGGGUCAGUAAGCGACACAGAGCUGUUCAUGAGGUCGGGCUUGGCUGAUCGUCUGACUGAGGACAUGGCCGUAAUGGUGGAUGAAGGAUUCCUCAUCUCUGACUGUGUGAAGUGGAAGGUCUACUGUCCACCUUUUCUCAGCACCAAACCACAGACGGCGUCUCAAAACGUCCUGCAGAGUCAGAAAGUCGCCCGACUGCGCGUUCACAUUGAGCGGUUAACCCAAAGAGUUAAAGAAAACAAACUGUUCGAUUCUGUUAUCCCUUUAUCUAUGGUUGGAAACAUUAACAAACUUUUUACAGUGGCCUGCCUGCUGGUCAACUACCAAAACAAGGCGCUCUGAAUAAAGGGAGCGGCCGUGUAGAUCUCAGAGGAGGAGAGCGUUUCCCGUCCUCAGGUGUUUCAACACUCCUGGUUCAGGAGUUCCCACGAAAGCAAAGUCCAGUUAGUCUGAAACCAGGAAGCAGCUGAAGAAGUGGAGAAACCAGGAAACACUGACAGCGUGGAGGAAUGUGAUCUAAGUGAUCAUUCACAGACAUGUUAGAAAAGUUGGAUUUGUAUAAGUUUUUUCUUUCCUUGUUGAGUUUUUCUCAGAUUGAUGUAACGAGUUUUUUCAGAAGCGUUUGAAUGUAUUUGAAUUUUUUUAUGUUCUGACUGCUUGUUAUCACAUUUCAACAUGUUAGUAUUCUCCUGCUGCCUGAAGCUCCACAUCAGAACCUCAACACAAAUCAGCAGUUCCUCUGGUUCCCAUAAUUAUUUUCAGCAGUACUGUGACCUCUACAUGACCCCUCCCUAAACCUUGCAGCAGGCGCCAGUCAUGAACGCAGCUCUGCUCUCAGUUUGGGGAUCCUGACACUCUGCUGGUGGUAGCAGACAGUUACUAAUUAUUAAUCUGAUGAAAUAUUCUAAUCUUUUAUCUUCUGACCUUAAAACACAGAAAAUCUUCAUCAUGAACAGAAAUAAAGUGUUAAAAACUUGUUUUGCUGCAAGAUAAAUUACUUUCUAAAUGUAUUUUACUGAGUGAUACUGGAAUACAAUUCCCCAAAGAAAAACAAAAACCUGUGGAUAAUACAGGAAAUAGCGCCCCCUUCAGUACUGGAGUGUAAUGGGACAUCUGGACUGUUGCUACUCUUUGGUUCUGGAUGCUGAGCAGCUGGAAGGAUGUCCUGUUGUCAUGAGUAACCAUGGCAACAGAGAAACGUUUUUAGGACAGGAUCAGCUGAUUGGCAUCUCAAAAAACUCUGAGGGAUUUGGAGGAUUUAGAUUAUAAAUUACACAACUUUGACCUUAAAACACAAAUCAGUUUCAUCUAAAUUCAUCAAAAUGAUCAAAUUUCACUAAAACCUUUUGUAAUAAAGAGUUUGAUUAUCUUGUCAAAUAACUGCCUUUUGUCAACUAAAUACAUAAAUAACUGACACCAACCUCAGGAUAUUCAACAUGAAUAAAAGAUCAAAGACAGACUUUUAUUUUUAAUGUUUAUUUGCUGAUUAAAACAUGAAUUACAACUUUAAUCACCUUCAUCCAAAGACGUUUACAGGAUUAUUAUGAAAAUAAAAAUGUUUGAUUAAUAAUCAUCAUUGCACACUUUAAUAUUUUAGUGAUUAGAAAUCAAAAGUGCUAAUCUUUACGUCUCCGCUGCACAUCAGAUGUCCAACAUGAAACCAAACAGAAAACAACAACAAUCCAUUCAAAGACUGAAGAAAAACUACAAAAGGACAAAAGCAGAAUGUAAAAAAUAAUCAUUUAUUUUUGACCUCAAAUGGUUUUUAUUCUGUCUAAACUCAGAAGAAUUAAAUCAAAAUGACCAGUUAAAGCUCGAAUGUAAUACAGAUUGUAGCCACUAGAGGGGGAAGUGCUCCAGCUUUACAUUUGUAAGAGUUAAAACUCUGCUGUAACUUUGUGAAUUAAUAAUUUUAUAGAUGUUAAAAAGUGACACCGACCUACAAAGGUCAUGUUGGAGUUUCUGUAAAUUCCAGCUGCAGAAGAAGAAAAGCGGUUCAGUAACAGCCACCAAUCGCUGCUGAACCUUUACUGAUCAUUUAGACUAGAAUGAAACCAAGUUCCUCCUCCUGAUUGUAGAGCUGACUGAAACAUUACAGCUCACUGUGAACCACUGCAGCCUCGUUCUGCUCUCUGUUUGCUGCUGUGCAUUAUGGGAUGUUUCACCUCUACAGUGUGUUGAGCUCAGACAAGGUGAGAAUCAAAAAGCUUCUUUCAUUGAAGACCAACAUUAAACUCUGAUUGUUUUAGUGUUUCACUCUCUUCCCUUCACCACAUUUGAUUAAAACAAAGAAACUCUCAGCAGUAGAACCGCUUUGGGUCAGAGAUUUCCUCAUCACCCCCAGGGUCUGGAUCAGAACCGGUCCACAGACUGGGAUCUUCAUGGACUCUGAGCUCCUUCACCUGAAAAGAGCAAAGUUUGCACCAUGGAUUAACAGUGACAAACGUUUUGAUUUUCCCUCCAGGUGAGCGCCGGCUGACCGCUGAGUGACCGCAAACAGAUGAUCUACUGAACAUCACCACCGGUAAACUGGGUCUGUUUUACAUCCUGUAAGUCUUUAGUUCAGGUGAAAUAUGAAAACUGAACAUGAACUAAAUCAAGCUGAAGCUGAGGAGACAAUUCCAACUAUAAGAGUGGAACUAUGAACAUGAACCAGUUCAUUUUUAGCUGAACUGAACUGGAUGGACUGGUACAAGUGAGACUUUUUCAAUUUUAAAUGUUUGUAUUAGUUAGAUAUGUUAAUGUUUUAAAGAGGUCUAGUUAAAGUCCAGACUUGAUUUUAUCUGAAAAGAUUAGGGUGAUGGCAGAGAGGCCUUGUGAUUAUUGGAGGAUUUAUUAAUAAUUACAGGUUUUAUUAAUAAAUAAAACCCGUCUUUGUGCUGCAUUUCUAUUGUUUCA